GGUCCGGUCUGGUCUUAUAAAAAAAUCGUGCCGGGUUAUGUUAUUUAUUUGUAAACAAUUUGUAUAUAAUUUAAAGUUCACUUUUUCGAACUACAAUCAUGCCCAAGGAACAGUUUCGCGCCUCUGCGCUUAACAAAAAGAUCUCACAUGUGCAGUUUGGAAUCAGCGGCGCGGAUGAAAUCCAACAGGAAGCCCUGGUGCGGAUUAUCUCGAAGAAUCUUUACCAGGCCCAGCGGCAGCCGGUUCCCUAUGGAGUCCUGGAUCGCCGGAUGGGUAUAAGUACGAAGGACGCCAUGUGCGAGACCUGUGGCCAGGGUUUGAACGAGUGCAUCGGCCACUUUGGCUACUUGGACUUGGCGCUGCCCGUCUUUCACAUCGGACACUUCCGCUCCACCAUCAACAUCCUGCAAAUGAUCUGCAAGGCAUGUGCCCAUGUGAUGCUCAAGCCGGAGGACAGGCAAAUAUACGAGAAGAAGCUGCAUAACCCAAACUUUUCGUACUUGGGCAAGAAGGCCCUGCAUGUGCAAAUGCUGGCCAAGGCCAAGAAGGUGACCAAGUGCCCGCACUGCGGCUCCCCGAAUGGUGGCGUCAAGAAGGGCCCGGGCCUACUAAAAAUCCUCCAUGAUCCCUACAAGGGACGCAAGGUGGACUCGCUGUUCACCAGCAACAUGAACGAAAUGCUUCGCUCCACGGAGUCGAAUCGUGACCUCAACACAGCGCUUGGCAAUUACAGCUCUGCCGAGGAGCUAACCCCACUCAUGGUGCUCGACCUGUUCGAACAGAUCCCGCAGAGCGAUGUGGCCCUGCUGGGGAUGUGCUCACACGACGCCCAUCCAAAGCACCUGAUUGUCACUCGAGUCUUUGUGCCACCCGCCUGCAUUCGACCCUCGGUUCUGUCCGAAGUUAAGGCUGGCACCACUGAGGAUGACCUGACCAUGAAGCAAAGUGAAAUCCUGCUCAUCAAUGAUGUAAUUCAGCGUCACAUGGCCACCGGCGGCAAGAUCGAGCUCAUUCACGAGGACUGGGACUUUCUGCAACUCCAUGUGGCUCUGUAUUUCCACAGCGAAAUCAGUGGCAUUCCCAUUAACAUGGCACCAAAGAAAACGACGCGCGGAAUUGUGCAGCGUUUGAAGGGAAAGCAGGGCCGCUUUCGUUGCAAUCUAUCGGGAAAACGAGUAGACUUCAGUGGGCGUACUGUUAUUUCACCAGACCCCAAUCUAAUGAUCAAUCAGGUUGGCGUUCCUGUGCGUGUGGCCAAGAUUCUCACAUACCCGGAGCGCGUGAAUCCAGCCAAUAUGCGUCACAUGAGGGAACUAGUGCGUAAUGGGCCAAGUAUGCACCCGGGUGCCAAUUAUGUGCAGCAGCGAGGAUCAAGCUUUAAGAAGUACCUUGCUUAUGGCAAUAGAGAGAAGGUGGCUCAGGAGUUGAAGUGCGGCGACAUCGUCGAACGUCAUCUGCGCGACGAAGAUAUCGUUCUGUUCAACCGCCAGCCUUCGCUUCAUAAGAUGUCCAUUAUGUGCCAUCGCGCCAAGGUGCAGCCACAAAGGACAUUCCGCUUCAAUGAAUGUGCUUGUACUCCUUACAACGCCGAUUUCGACGGCGAUGAAAUGAAUCUGCACUUGCCACAAACGGAGGAAGCAAGAGCGGAAGCCCUCAUUCUAAUGGGCAAUCAAUCGAAUUUGGUAACUCCGAAGAAUGGUGAGAUUCUAAUUGCCGCCACACAGGACUUCAUAACCGGAGGCUAUUUGCUGACCCAAAAGGAGGUUUUUCUUACCAAGGAAGAGGCCAUGCAGUUGGCCGCUUGCUUCUUGGCCAACGAGGACUCCACGAUGCACAUAAAGCUGCCACCACCUGCUCUCCUUAAGCCGCGACGUCUGUGGACGGGUAAACAAAUGUUUAGCUUGCUAAUGCGACCCAACGACGACUCGGAGGUGCGCCUCAACAUGGUCAACAAAGGGCGAAACUACACGCGUAACAUGGAUCUGUGCAGCAAUGACUCUUGGAUCCACAUACGCAAUUCAGAGCUGAUGUGCGGUGUAAUGGACAAGGCUACCAUGGGCUCUGGUACAAAACAAUGCAUAUUCUACUUGCUGCUCAGAGACUUUGGGGAACUACAUGCAACCAAGGCCAUGUGGAGAUUAGCAAGGAUUGCCUCGUACUUCUUGCAGAAUCGCGGCUUCUCUUUUGGCAUCAGCGACGUCACUCCCAGCAAAAAGCUUCUGCAACACAAGGAACUGUUAUUGGAACAUGGUUAUACGAAAUGUAACGAGUAUAUUGAAAUGCUUAAGGCGGGCACCUUGCAGUGCCAACCUGGUUGCACCCCAGAGGAGACGCUGGAGUCCGUGAUGUUGCGCGAACUGUCGGCAAUCCGAGAGCAGGCUGCCAAGACAUGCUUUGCGGAGCUCCAUCCCACAAAUAGCGCGUUGAUAAUGGCCCUCAGUGGAUCAAAGGGUUCGAAUAUUAACAUCUCCCAGAUGAUUGCUUGUGUGGGUCAGCAGGCUAUUAGCGGCAAACGAGUACCCAAUGGUUUCGAGAAUCGCGCCCUACCUCAUUUCGAAAGGCAUUCUGCGAUCCCUGCGGCCAGAGGUUUUGUGCAGAACAGUUUCUACUCGGGCCUAACGCCCACGGAGUUCUUCUUUCACACCAUGGCUGGUCGAGAGGGUUUGGUGGAUACAGCCGUAAAGACAGCGGAGACUGGCUAUCUGCAGCGUCGUCUGGUGAAGUGCCUUGAGGAUCUGGUAGUCCAUUACGAUGGCACAGUGCGUAAUGCUGUCAACGAAAUGGUGGACACCAUCUAUGGUGGCGAUGGACUCGAUCCUGUUUCAAUGGAGACCCGAAACAAACCAGUUGAUCUGGUCCAUCAAUACGACAAUCUGCGUGCCCAGUUUCCACAAGGCAGUGCUCGAGCGCUUUUGGGAGCCGAGAUUCCAGAUGCCUUGGAAUCACUUUUAAAGACUGCUGAAUUUGUAGAAUCCCGCGAGGAUUUCAAAGCAGAUGUUAGAGCCCACAUUACCACCGUGUCCAAGCGCAUUGAGAAAUUGCAGAAACGUUAUGAUAAGUUUAUAGACCUAUGCCAUCAGAUUGAAUCCGUUACUGAAGAGCAGUUGCUGAAAUUUGUGCGACGAAUUAACGAUCGAUACAAUCGAGCUGUUACGGAACCUGGCACGGCAGUUGGUGCCAUUGCUGCGCAGAGUAUUGGAGAGCCGGGAACCCAGAUGACGCUUAAGACGUUCCAUUUUGCUGGUGUCGCCUCCAUGAAUAUUACCCAAGGUGUACCACGUAUUGUUGAGAUUAUUAAUGCGACGAAGACAAUAUCGACGCCGAUCAUAACUGCUGAGUUGGAUAAUUGCCAUAGCAUGGAGUUUGCCAGGCAAGUAAAGGCGCGCAUUGAGAAAACAACGUUGGCAGAGCUUUCUUCCUACGUUGAAGUCGUAUGUGGACCCUAUAGCUGUUACCUGGCGAUCGGAAUCGAUAUGGCGAGAAUUAAACUGCUGGGACUUCACAUAAACCUGGAUACCAUUGUGUUUAGCAUACUGAAGUCACGCAUGCGUGUUAAGCCCACGCAGGUGGAGGCUGUAGCAAAGCUUUCACGGAUUGUGGUUCGCGUGGAAGCCACUCGAACUGCUACGAUAAAUGCAGAGCUGGCUCGCCUGGCUCUCAGUCUGCAGAAUGUAGUUGUGGCGGGCCUGCCCAAUAUCAAUCGGGCGGUCAUUGCUGUGGAUGAUGCGCGUCAGCCUCCCACCUAUAAGCUGUGCAUCGAAGGCUACGGCCUGCGCGAUGUCAUUGCCACCUAUGGCGUGGUGGGCAAACGCACUCGCAGCAACAAUAUCUGUGAAAUAUAUCAGACGCUGGGAAUAGAAGCGGCGCGAACCAUUAUUAUGAGCGAAAUCACGGAGGUCAUGGAGGGUCAUGGAAUGAGUGUCGAUUGGCGCCACAUCAUGCUGCUGGCCAGCCAGAUGACGGCGCGUGGCGAAGUAUUGGGCAUCACGCGGCACGGUCUGGCCAAAAUGCGCGAGAGUGUCUUCAAUUUGGCAUCGUUCGAAAAGACGGCCGACCACUUGUUCGACGCAGCGUACUACGGCCAGACGGACGCCAUUAAUGGAGUUUCAGAACGUAUAAUCCUAGGUAUGCCGGCAGGCAUUGGUACUGGUAUCUUUAAGUUGCUACAACAUCAUGAGGACAAGCAGGUUCCAGCAAUUGAACCUACAAUAUGCAGUUCGUUGAAUCUAGUGCCGAGCACAUAGAAAGCGGACCUUCGCACAUAGUUGAUAUUGAUAUUGAGCUGAUUUGAAAUAUAUUCUAGAAUAAUAAAUUCAUAUUUUAAUAAAAUAUUUA